UUCAACUUUUUCGUACCUUGAAAUUCAGAAGAGUUAGUUUGUUGUGUUUUUGCAAAUUUCAAGCGUUAUUUAAAGGUGCCAGUAUGACUGACUCCCCUAACCAUGGUCCGUCUGACUAUGACUACCUCGUCAAAUUCCUUGCCUUAGGUGACUCUGGUGUGGGGAAGACGUGCUUCCUAUUCCAGUACACAGACAACACAUUCACUGGGAAGUUCAUCUCAACAGUGGGAAUAGACUUCAGGGAGAAGAGAGUGCUGCACAGGUCUCCAGGCCCGGACGGCUCGUAUGGUCGCAGUCAGCGCAUUCAUCUACAGCUCUGGGACACGGCUGGGCAAGAAAGGUUUCGAAGCCUAACAACGGCUUUCUUCAGAGACGCCAUGGGUUUUCUUCUCCUGUUUGACCUUACCAACGAGCAGUCCUUCAUCAACAUCCGUAACUGGCUGACACAGCUGUCAACGCACGCCUACUGUGAGAACCCAGACAUCGUGCUGUGCGGUAACAAGUUUGAUCUGGAGGACCAGAGGCAGGUGUCUGAAGAGCGGGCUAGAGAAGUCGCUGAGAAGCAUGGUCUUCCAUAUUUUGAGACCAGUGCAGCUUCGGGACACAAUGUUUCCAAGGCGAUUGAAUGCCUGCUGGACAUGGUAAUGCUUCGAGCAGAACGCUCUGUUGACAAAUCUGUGUUCAACAAGUCUAAAAUGAGGAGCAAAUAUGAGAUGGAUGAAGCCAGCACUGAAAGUGGAUGUGGUUGCUGAUAGGUGGAUCUAUUUUUAGAUUUUGAUAUUCUUUGUCUGAAAUUAUACAAAUGAAAUGAGAUGGAUGAAGGCAGCAGUAAUUCAAAGCAGAUGUGUUUGCUGAUUGACUCUGUUUUUAUAAUUAGAUUGUCUUAAAAUUUAAAUAAUGUUUUUUUCUGAAAUUAAAAAUAGAAAUGAAAUUAAUGAAAACAGCAGUCAAAGAUCUAUCAGUAAAAGUUUAUAUGUAUGUAUAUUUAUAGAUCUUUGCAUGAGUUUUGGUGGUGAAGAUGGCCACUGGUUGUUCUAUUUUUAGAUUUUAUUAAAUGAAUUGUGAUUGUUGAUAAAAAUAUAAUAUUGUUUAAAUUGAUUUCUACUUUUACAUGUAUGUUGACAUAUUGUUAUUGAGUAUGUUGUGUUAAUACUUUACAUUCCUAUAUAUAUAAAUAUAUAAUGUUUAAAUGUUCUUGAUAAGUUGCUAUGUGUUUGUUGAAGCUACAAAGAGUGAUUUUAAGAUAGUUGUCACCUAAGAUUUGUUUUUAAUAGUUGGUUACUAAAAAAAACUAUUUUUUUUGGCAAAAAUAAUGAGAAUUUUUCAAACAAAUUACUACUAGUUGAGUACUUUAUUUCAACUAAAUACAUGUAACAAUGUUGGACAGAUUCUUAAAAAACAUGUUCAAAUAAAUAUUUAAUUUUAACAAACAAACUCAUUAUUUAAUAAUGAAUAUGAACUUCAAAUAAUCUUUUUUUCCGUGAUAGUGUUGUUUUCAUAUGUUAUUAUGCCCACUUCGAAGAAGAGGGGGUAUAUUGCUUUGCUCAUGUCGGUCUGUCGGUUGGUCGGUCGUUCCGUCCACCAGGUGGUUUCCGGAUGAUAACUCAAGAACGCUUGGGCAUAGGAUCAUGAAACUUCAUAGGUACAUUGAUCAUGACUCGCAGAUGACCCCUAUUGAUUUUGAGGUCACUAGGUCAAAGGUGAAGGUCACAGGUGAAGGUCACAGUUACUGAAAAAAGGCAUUUUAAGGAUUUAGCAUGGUUCAAACAAGGGAAACAACUACCGUUUUUGCAUGUUCUUUUUGUUACAGCAUUUGCCUCCCUUGUUAUAUAUUUAAAUUUUACCAAAUGUAAGACUAACUGCAUUUUUGUAAUGCAUACUACUACUACUACUACUGCUGCUGCUGCUGCUGCUGCUGCUGCUGCUGCUGCUGCUGCUGCUGCUUCUACUUCUACUACAACUACUACUACUACUACUACUACUACUACUACUACUACUACUACUACUACUACUACUACUACUACUACUACUACUACUAACUACUAACUACUACUACUACUACUACUACUACUACUACUACUACUACUACUACUACUACUACUUACUACUAACUACUACUACUAACUACUACUACUACUACUACUACUACUACUACUACUACUACUAACUACUAACUUCUACUACUAACUACUACUACUACUACUACUACUACUACUACUACUACUACUACUACUACACCACCACACCACCACCACCACCACACCACCACCACCACCACCACCACCACCAC